AUGCUGUCCUGGGUCCCGUUCUACAUUUUGCUUGUGGCGUGUUCUACAAGGAGAACCCACGCUUCACCGCUUUAUACCGACAUGAGCUCAGAUCCACAGACAGAUGUUAUUCAGAGGCUGGAGGUGGAGGGGGAGGAGAGAGAGAGCACCAACAUGGGGGAUCACAGGAUGAUCAAAGACAUGCACCCGUACCUGCUACAGCUGGACAGCUCUAGAGACACUUGGGCUAAAGGUGUUAAAGAUUCCUCGCAACAGGAAAAAAUCAGUAACAUGGUGGAUUACAUAAAGGCAGCGGUGCUGAAGCUGGCCGCAGCAGACAACCUUCGCUCUCAGGGCUUCCUCCGGUCCGAGCAGGGCUCCCCGAAAGCCAACAAGAGGGCUUGUUUCUGGAAGUACUGCGUAACAAACUAGAGACGACACCGCCUGUGAUGAUGAAGAACCAUCCUCUCCUGUCUAGAGGAACAGUGACCGCCCCCCUCCUGCCUCUACCCAUGUGUCCCACAUUAAAGAGCAGUCUAACAGCUCUAAGACAGCGUGUACAUCAUUUUGUACAUAGGAAUCAGACUAUAUGGCAAAUAAAAGUAUAUUUUUUAAUCGAAUGACAGCAGUGUUGAAGCUGACAAUAAAGAGAACUGUGUAAAGUCAUACAAAUGCCUGAGUGGGUAUGUGAGACCAGCACUGUACAGUAUACAAUGGCACGAAUGAAAUAAAAACAAAGCUAAUCAACAAUUGGCAGAUACACAGCAAUACAGAGGUUGUAAAGUACAGAGAGAACACUGAUAGACUGAUUCAUAAUGGGUAUGGAAUAUCUAGAACCGUAGGGAGUUACACAAUACUGUUGCUGAGUUUUGUGGAAACAAAGAAAGCUGUUUUUUUCUCCACAGGGAGGUGCUCGAGUGUUCUGUAAAUAUUGAAUUUCAUGCACAAAGAUGCACGUGCAGAAACACACACACAUACACACACACACUAUCAAAAUUGCUUGGUGAAUUUCAGUAAAGGACUCUAAAAUUUUGAAAUUUUGUCCUGUUUUCUAGUGAAUAGUUCAAAAUGGUAAGUGUGAGGAUAAACAACAAGACUACUUCAAUGUUUACUAGGGCUAUUCCGCACAAUAUGUAACCACACCAUGCAGAUUAAAUAAAUAUACACAGUAAAAGUACGUGUUUAAGUCAUUCCAAAGAGUGUAUGAAAUAUAUAUAUAUUUACACUAUAGACACAACUAUUGCACAAGGUCUACUUAAAAUAGAUACUCUGUUAAAUGCACUGGUGGUAUUCAAAGCUUGGUUAGUAAAAUAUGUUGUGAAGUUGAAAGAUAUAAGAUCAUUUCUAGAUGUCUUAACCUUGACCUAAAGUUGACUAAAUGUACCAACUUAUUCUGCUUUGCCCAAACAUGUUGAAUUGUAUGCACUGGGUCACCUCAAUAACAAUUAAUUUCCUGAAGAGGGUGGAUCUUAGGGGAGUAGCUCUCAGCCACAAGGGGAAGGGAGGCUUGAGUAAGAUCUUCCAAACUGGAACACUU